GUAGGGGAAGACGAAGCUUUUUGUUUGCUUUGCUAGUGGUUUUCGAAUUCGAGAGUGAGAUAUUACUGCUCUUUCAGUUUGUUUUCAUUGACAUGGGCAGUUUUAAUCUAUUAAGGGUUAUAAGCGUUGAAACGUAUGGCUGAAAGCGGCGAAGCUAGGCGUGAUAGCCGGCAUUCUACACUCGAUGUCGAAGAAGACACCGAGACAGAUGUGCAAGACGAUCCUUGGCCUUACGAUAGCGACACCGAAGAAGUAGAUAUUGACAGUUUUGUCAAUAGUAUAUCACACGAUGUCAAUGACUGGAAGAUAUAUUAUGCAGAUAGUUUUACCCUAGAGAAAAUAGGAGAUGGCUUCUUUGGAGAUAUAUACAAGGCUAUUGAAUUAAAUACUGGGAGAGUUUUGGUAAUGAAGGCGAUGAAGAAGGUGACGAAAAUGAAACUAAUGUGUGCGGAAAUACGACUUAUGGCUCGCUUGAAACAUCCCAAUAUACUGAGAUUCCUAGGCGUUUGUCUCGACACUUCUGGAAUUCACUUACUUACUGAGUAUAUGGAAGUUGGUAAUUUGGAAGAUGUCGUUGCAGACGAUAGAGAAGCUUUGCCGUGGUCUUUACGCAUGAAACUCGCUCACGAUAUCUCGAAAGGCAUGUCCUAUCUGCACAGUGUUGGGGUAAUCCAUCGCGACUUAGCAUCCAAGAAUGUACUAAUUUCAAACGAAAGCAAUGGUUACACAGCGGUCAUUGCUGACUUUGGGCUAGCUGCUAAAAUUCCGUCGAGAAAAAAGAAACUAAAUGUUGUUGGAUCUCCCUACUGGAUGGCACCUGAAGUUUUAAGGAAUGACCAAUAUAAUGAAACUGUCGAUAUAUUCUCCUAUGGAAUAAUAUUGUGUGAGAUCAUUGGUCGUGUUCAUUCAAGCCCGGAUGAAAUUCCAAGAACAAAUCAUUUUGGUCUUGAUGUGGACAAAUUUUGCGAGUCAGUUCAAGGAUGUCCUCCUGAAUUCCUGCAGUUAGCAGUGUGUUGCUGUCAGGUUGAUCCACAGUCAAGGCCUCCGUUUGAAGUCACUGCAAAAUUUUUGGACUAUAUUCGACAGUUCGAGAUAAUUAUAGGGUCACCUACUGUAUUAAUUCAGGACACCCGUAAUUGUGGUCAACGUAUGUCUGCCAACAUUGAAGACUGGAUAAUUGACUCCAAGAAAAGCCUGGAGACACCAAUAAAAAACAUUCCAACUUGUGACGAGGAUUGUGUUUGUGAAAAUGGCACAUCGACGAUCACGAACGGAGGAUCAACGGAUGGUCCCAAAACAGACGAUGAGAAUAAAUCAAACGUGGAUCUAACCCCAUGUCGUACAAGACAUUCCAAUAAACGCCACUCCUUUUUCGCAGGUCUGAGAUAUAAAUAUUUCAAACCGCAUGUAGAUACCGAAGAUCUGGUUAAAAAUACACCAAGUAAAUUAGCAGGAUUCUUCAAUCGGGUUUUACAUGCACAGAAGAAACAUAAAUUUGAUGGACGAAAGAAACGACGAUCAAAAACGGCGUAUGGCGAUGUCGUUGAUGACAGACCAAGGCUGCGGUCUUUUCGUACGCUACUAUUAACACAUAAAGAGAGAAGUGCGAGUGACGCGCAUUUUAGCGAAAAUGUUUUACCAAGAGGAUCUUUUGAACCUGAUAUUGCUGAUCUCUCUGCCGCAAAGUUGAAUGGCAGUGGAUCGUAUGCGUCAACACCUGUGACUACAUAUCGUCCUGGUGCAAGUGCGAGCACUCCAGGCUCAUGCACGAGCUCCUAUGUAGACGGAAAGUUCCCGGAAGGAUCGUUUACACCAAAAAGAAGUUCGUUUACCCACGAUGAGCACACGCCAACAGCAAGCUCAAGUAGAACUUCAUUCUCCGAAAGAAGGCCGAGUGAUCCUCCUUCUGAAUGUACAGGUGAUUACGAAGACGCAGAUAACCGAAGUAGUUGUGAAAACGAUGAUCCAUAUUUAAUGACUUGGUCGGGAUCGUCGUUCCGAGAGAGUAUUAAAGGUUCACAAAGAACGGAUAUGAAUGGAUUUAAAGAAAUGAAGCAAUUACCGAGGUGUUUCUCGGAGUCAGAUGUCGAAGCAUUGAAAGUGACAACUAGUGAUAGAACAAAAACGUUCACACCUCGUCAUUCACCUCAGAAAACCAAACACAAACGAAAUUGGAAUAUUUUCAGUUUUUUUCACAGACGUGGCAAGGAGAAACAGAACGUGUAGAAAAUGCUUGCAUAUGGGUCUCUCUAAUCAACAUCCAUUAGGUUAACGGUGAUUGUGACACAACGUUGAAUGUUGAAAAAGGUGGUUUGAAAUAGCGUGAGAGUUGAGUCAACACACAAAUCUAAUCCUUGACGCUUUGACCGCAGCGGCACAAGAACCGCAUGCAGUAGAAUAACGCAAUCUUUCCAGUGUCUUCUGGGGCAAAUAAAAAAAUAUGUUUUCUGGCCGGAUAUCUCUUUCAUAUCCUUGCUGGAGUUUGUCAAAGUUUAAAUCUAGACAGUACUAUAUGUGAUGGCUAUAAUGGACCAUUGUUGAUUAGAUUCUAAAGUAAUAUAAAGAAGCUGGGAAAUAUGAAUAAUCAUUUUUGGAGCACGCUCCUAAACCUUAGUAAGACCCUGGCUACGUUUCGUGGAUUGUUUAACCGAGGUAUUAAUUCACUCAAAAAUUACAAAAUCAAUGCGAUUUGCGUAAAAAUGUCUUCACAUGAUAUUUAGCUGUAAUAAAUUACUUGACCUUCAUGCACCAUAGACACACUUCAAUUAAUCCUGCACUACUUUAUAUAUUGGACGUGCAUGUUAUACAACUCCAUAGUUAUCGUGAAUUUUAUGCGGCUAGUCAAGAAGGUUGUACAUUGAAAACCAAAAUCCCGAAAUCUCAAUCUAACAGUGCGAAGAAAACCCAAGUGCUUGAAAGCUCUCACUUUUCGCGCUAGAAAGUCGAGAUUUUUAAUUUUGAUAUUCAAGGUACUUACCUGGCGCUAAGCAAUGAUUUGAUUCAUUCUUCGUCAUAUUUGACUUCGUUGUCUAAUUCUUCGAAUGAAAUAACAGAAUUGUGACUUGUACCCUGAUGGUACAUUGUACCCUAAUGAUAUAUAUAAAAUAUUCGAAUACAUCACUCAGGACCAUUUUUGGCAACUAGAAUUUAUUGUAACCUAACUAAAAUCUGGUCAAGCGAAGAUUACCUCAUAUACUGUACCUCGAAGUACAGAACAGGCCUAAAGACGUUAUACACUUCCGUCAGACUAGUAAUUCAUAAUAAUGCACCUAAUCGGAAAUAAUUUCAAAAUGUUAGAGUAUUUGAAUAUUUUUCUCCUUAAUUUGGGUUGAUGCUAAGGCUUAAAAGUAGAUCAAAAUACAUCGUAUUUAAAUUUUUUGUUGCACUUAUUGUUGAAACUUUAUGACAUGUCGCGUGAAUGAACUUCGUUUGUCACGAACAUCUUGUAUUUCUUCAGCGCUGAACACAAGUUUAAAAUGAACCUAUACAUAUAUAGUUUAUAGCUCUUGCACGGGGCCGCUUGGUCGAUUGGCGUUCAACUUGAACAGUGGAUAUAAGCCAUACAUCUUGCUAACUAUAUAAUCUUGUUUCCCAUUUUGAACUUAUCCGCCGUUUACGCUAAACGCCUUUCACUCUACCAGCCCCAGAAUUUGCACUAUAGUUAGCUAUAUGAAAUCGAAAAAUGAAUAUUGUUAAAUAUAAAUUAUAUUUAUAUGAAUAGAUUUACCACUGCAUGCGAGGCAGAAAAAUGUGUACUAUAUGAAAUCAUUACGA